AUGCUUGCUGACCGGCAUGUCAAGCUUUUAUCGCGACAAAGAGGCAGUGCGCUGCGAAAAAUCGAUCAAGAUGUGGUAAUAUCUCAAAUCAAAAGACCCAAACUUGACCGACCGUCCCUUUCGGUUUCGCCCUCCAAGAACACCCUAUACGAGCCAGAACGAGAACCCUCGUUUGAUCUUCCACAACCGCCAUCUGAAAGCCACUUUCUUGCAGGGAACUCGAACGACCCUGCAAGCACACCCCCGCACAGUCCGGUUUUAAAUGGCGGUCUACUAACGUCUCCAGAACUUCCACUCGUGUCUCCAACUCGUGACCAGGCUUCUGCUGGUCAGAAAUCGCCUGAUCACUUCUUGGAAAUGGCAGAGACACCCCCUUUGACAACACAAAACUCCCCGAUCUUUUCGCCAGCACCAGAAUUUGAUUUUUCAGAUCUUCCUAUUUCACAACUACGAACAAACUCUUUUUCCCUAGCCCGCAUUGAGGUGAUAUGGUCUUUACUAAACAAUCUGUUUGAGGAGCAUCUUAUACCUCAAGCCUUCGCAGAUUACGACACGGCCAGCGACCCAGCCGAACAACUUUCGCACAAGUUGGACAUCAAGCUACUGUCAACGUUUAUGCACGGCACCUUGUCCGAUUUGCAAGAUACGCAAGACAUCAAUGCAUCUAAUAAUGAGCUGUGCUCUCAGCUAAAGGAUUGCGCGAGACAGAAAGUGAUACUCACGGAACGCUUAGUAGAUCUACGGCAACAGAUUACGGAUUGGGAGAAUAAAGAGGACAAUGACGAACAGCUACAAGAAAUGCAGCUAAAAAGUGUUCUGAACGACAAGCUACAAGGCUUGGCGAUCGACGUUUCGACUAAAACAGACGAAAAUAAUGCAAACAUUGCCACUCAACCAUUGGAAUCGAUUGCAGACGACUUGGUACCUUUAUUGGACCCACAAGAUGGAAUUCUUGGAACACUAAAGACUUUUAAUACAUCUCUAGAAAAGCUCUUGGAUUAA